GGUGUGUGUGUGCGCUUGGAGAACAGAUCCCGUGUUCUCCGCUUUACUGUGACUCCGGAUAUGAAGGCGCGCGACAGCGCUGUGUGAGAGUGUGUGUGAGUGAGUGUGUGUGUGUGAGUGUGAGUGAGUGUGUGAGUGAGUGUGUGUGAGCAGGAGGAGGGCACUGGGAGCUGAAGCUGCAUUAGUGUGACCGACUUCACUAUUCACACACCGAGAGAUCCGAGAGUGCGCGCGCCGUCCAACAUGCAGAAAUGGCCACCUGUGAUGCUCCACCUGUCCAGUCUCGUGUCGAGACGGAGCCGGAUGUGAGAAACGAGCCCGAGCUGAAGGAACCGGAGCAGCCGAGGGAGCGAGAGCACGGAGCAAGGGAAGGGAGUGAGAGUGCAGACGGAGGGAGUGAGGGAGGAAGGAGAGAGGGAGGAGGAGCGCACAGCUCCAUGCAGUUCAGCAGCAGACCGGCGAGCGCCGAGCCGUGCUACAUGGGGACAUGGCAGCAGCAGAACACUGACACACACCUCCUGUUCAGGAUGUCCCAGCAGGCAAUUCGCUGCACUCUGGUGAACUGCACCUGUGAGUGUUUCCAGCCGGGGAAGAUUCACCUGCGCACCUGUGAUCAGUGCAAACAUGGAUGGGUUGCUCACGCUCUGGAUAAGCUGAGUACGCAGCACCUGUACCACCCAUCACAGGUGGAGAUCGUUCAGUCCAAUGUGGUGUUUGACAUCAGCAGUCUGAUGCUGUACGGAACGCACGCACUUCCUGUCCGCCUCAAGAUCUUGCUGGAUCGCCUGUUCAGUGUUCUCAAACAGGAUGAAGUGCUGCACAUCCUGCACGGCCUCGGCUGGACCCUCAGAGAUUAUGUCCGGGGCUACAUACUGCAGGAUGCUGCAGGCAAGGUGCUGGACCGCUGGACCAUCAUGUCCCGUGAAGAGGAGAUCAUUACCCUGCAGCAGUUUCUACGCUUCGGAGAGACCAAAUCUAUCGUGGAGCUCAUGGCGAUUCAGGAGAAGGAAGGCCAAGCGGUCACGGUGCCCUCAUCAAAGGCUGACUCUGGCAUUCGGACUUUUAUCGAAAGCAACAACCGCACUCGCAGUCCUGGCCUCCUUACACACUUGGAGAACAGCAGCCCUUCUAGUAUCCACCAUUUUGAGAACAUCCCCAACAGUUUGGCUUUUCUGCUGCCUUUCCAGUACAUCAAUCCUGUCUCAGCUCCCAUGUUGGGGCUGCCACCUAAUGGGCUAAACUUGGACCAAGCAGCUCUGAGGCUCCGAGAGCCAAACCUUUCCAAUCAAAGUGAACCAGUAGAGAGCAGUGAAUCUGAAGUGUCUCUAUCACCUUUCCGAAACAGCCAGAGUCCAAAUCGAGGCACCAUAGGGGCCAUUCCCAAUUCCAUUGAGCCCAAAUCAGAACCUAACGGAUCCUCACCUGUCACAACAACCCCAUCUGCACAGCAAGUCCAACAACAGCAAACACAACAGCAACAGCAGCAGCAGAUCCAACAACAGCAGCAGCCCCAGACCAACACCAUAAAUGAUCACCACUUUGUGAAAAAUGAGCAAUCAAAAAACCUUCACUCUUCAUUCUCUUCCAAGAUGCACCGCAUGCGUCGCAUGGGUACUCCAUCACGUAAGGGUCGCGUCUGCUGCAAUGCCUGUGGCAAGACCUUCUACGACAAGGGCACUCUAAAGAUCCACUAUAAUGCUGUACAUCUGAAGAUCAAGCAUCGUUGCACGAUUGAGGGAUGCAACAUGGUCUUCAGCUCCCUGCGUAGCCGCAAUCGCCACAGUGCCAAUCCCAACCCUCGCCUCCACAUGCCUAUGCUGAGAAACAACCGAGAUAAGGACCUCAUUCGCUCCACUUCUGGAACAGCCACCCCGGUCAUCUCUAGUACCAAGACUGGAUUCACUCUAACAAGCCCUGGACGGCCUCCACUAGGCUUUGCAACUCCUCCUCUCGAUCCAAUGAUGCAAUCCCCACUUCAAAGUCCUCUGGUCUUCCCAUCCCUGAAGUCUGUUCAGCCGGUACAACCUAUCCCACCUUUCUAUCGCAGCUUGCUUUCUCCUGCUGACAUUGUAAGUCCUCCAGUGUCCCUUCCCACCAGUCCGAUUUUACCCACUACCACCAACAGCACGUCUAUCAUGGACCAACAGCAGCAGAUCUUAGCUGCCAGCUCCAACAACAGCCACAUGUCUGAGACAGGAACUUUGUCUCACCACCUUUCCACCACCUCAAGUGCCCCAGAUCCCAUCACUACUGACCCUAUGCCCAAGAAGAAGCCUCGCAAGUCCAGCAUGCCUGUGAAGAUUGAAAAAGAUCGAGAGGUACCGGAGGAUUACGAUGACAAAGAUGACGAUGAUGAUGAUGACAGUUGCCAUCAUCGUCAUCCUGCAUCUCAUCUCCACAAUAACAUCAAUGGAAACUGCAAUAAUAACAACAACAGCAGCAGCGGGCAUCAAUCGCCCUCACAAGAUGAGAUGACGGAAGGCACCAGUGAGCUGCGCUGCAUGGACAGCUUUACCUCAGAGGACCAAGACCAUGAGCGUGACUUUGAGAAUGAGUCAGAGACUUCUGAGUCCAAGAUGUUCUACCGCGAUGAGCCAAUGGAUGCUGAAGAGCUUCGCAACGCCUCCAGAAGAAACAUGGACAAGGAAAAGGAUGAUGGCGAGGAAGACAGACACAUCCAUAAAGAGAUGGAAGAAAAGAGACACUCCUCGCCAUCCCCACAUCAACCAGUCAUCAAAAUCAAAGAAGAACUCAAUGAUCCUACCUAUGACAUGUUCUGCAUGGGGCAAUAUAAUCUGUACAAUGGUGGAAUGGCUGCCGCAGCUGCAGCCGCUGCGAGUAUGGCUGCCUUGCACGACAGCUUCAUCUCCUCCAUGGGUUAUGGAUCAAGUUCACCAAAAUUUCACUCCCAGUCCCCAGAGGGCGAUCUCUGCUCUAGCCCUGACCCUAAAAUCUGCUACGUCUGCAAGAAGAGCUUCAAGAGCUCCUACAGUGUCAAACUGCACUACAAAAAUGUGCACCUAAAAGAGAUGCACGUCUGCACGGUGGCCGGCUGCAAUGCUGCUUUCCCUUCCCGACGAAGCCGAGACAGGCACUCACACUUACCUCACAUAGCUCACAGGCACAGCUCCAACAUAAACCUCCACCGCAAACUUCUGACCAAAGAACUGGACGACUUUGUCCUCGACCCUCAGCUCAUGCCGCUUCCCCGGGACAUGCGUGCCGAGUUAGCAUCCAAAAUCUACUCUGGACACCGACACGAGGACCCCGUGUCCCCCAUAGGCAAUGGUUAUCGUGGCGACAGCGAUUACGCGGCACUGGACCUGAGCACGGCAUCAAGCAUCCACUCAAGCGGCAGCAUCCAGUCGUCACACGAUUCGGAUGAGGCCAGCGAUGAAGGCGUGCUCCUGGACGAGCUGGACAUUAGCGAGGGAGAGGAAGCGGGGCCUGGGUUAGGUGAAGGGGUGGGACUUGUGACCUCAGACCCCGCCUCCUCACCAUCGGCAGGUGCUAAUGUUGGCAUCCUGUGCACGAUCUGCCACAAAAUGUACAGCAACAAAGGGACGCUACGUGUGCACUACAAAACAGUUCAUCUGCGUGAGAUGCACAAGUGCAAAGUGCCCGGGUGCAAUAUGAUGUUCUCAUCCGUCCGCAGCCGGAACCGACACAGCCAGAACCCCAACCUCCACAAAAACACACCCUUUAUCUCCAUGGUUGACUAGCCCCACCUUCUGUUUCUCACAGACACGUCCAUUUAUCAGCGCACUCCCCCCACUGCUCCUACAUUUCAGUGUCAAAACGUGUCUAAGGUCGGUCCUGUCACAUGACGAUCAGACGAUAAACCUCGUACGCAUCACGCCGGUGUUCCCUUUUUGACUUUUUUUUUCUUUGGGAGAAUUUGGAUUGGACAUUUCUCCGAGGGCACUUCUCUUGGGUUGCUUGAUUCCAAAAUGGCCACCCUUUUGAUCCUUCAUUUUUUUGUGUCCAACUGCAUAAAAGUUCCUCAGACUCUUUAAGUGUGACUGUUGCCUGCAGAAAACGGUAUUACUGAAAAAAAAGAAUAAUAAUACUACUACGAGAAAAAAUGUCUCCUUGUUGUAUUUGUGUAACGAUAGCUUUACAGAAAAAAAAAAAGAAUCCCGUACAUACCUAAAGCAUGAACGGUUUCAAUUUGUAAAUAAUGUCCUGAGAGGCUUUUUGGUGUAAAACAAUUGUUUUGAUGGUCGCUUGCUUUUUCUUUCUUUCUUUCUUUCUUUCUUUCUUUCUUUCUUUCUUUCUUUCUUUUUUAAAAUUCCUUUGCUCUUUACUUUUCCCUUUUUUUCCUUUAUGUUACAGUUCAAUACUUUCAGCUCAAAGUGUAGGUGACAAGAGGUAGCAUUUUACUAGCUUGAUUCAUUUAUAUUAACGUCAAAACAAAAAAUAAAAAGGAAAAAAAAUUACCCAAGAAACAAAAAAAAUAUAUAUAUUGUGACUCGUUUUAUCUACUUGUGAGAAAUGCUGAUGGGGCUGGCAUGCUUUCAGGCUCCUAACCAACUCCUUUUUCAUUUUUUUCCUCGUUUUUGUGAAUUUUUUAAAAAAAGAUUUAGUAAGACAUUUAGGUUUUUUGCACUUUGCCUCUAUAACGAGCGGGAUGUGUAAUAUUAUUACAAAGAAAAACACUUUGCAAUGUUUGAGUUAGUCAUGGCCAGGAGGGAAAACUAAAAAAAAAAAAAAAGUAUCUUUACAGAAAUUUCCAGUUUUGUUUUCAUUAAAAAAAAAGAUUUAAAUUUGUAUAAUCUCUAAUGACCCACAUUUGAGCAAGACAAACCUGUAAAAAUAUUUAAACACCGUUUCUGCUGCAGGAUUGACGAUCAGCUGAUUUUCUGCAGGAAAAAAAGACAAUUACUUCAUGUGGCUGUAACGUAUUAGCUGAGAAUUAGCUCCCAGAUUAAAUACUGCAUGUCCUGUUAUCAUAUGCGAGUAGGCAUGUGCUGAAAACCGGUCAUACGAUAUAUCGCAAAACUUCAACACGCACAAUAUCAUUAUUGUGAAGUUCAGUAUUCGUUCCAUUUCACCUUUUACAGAUGGUUUGUUUUCUAGUCGGGAUGUGUUAGGGUCUCUUUUUUGGGCACAAUGUCAUGAUAAAUAUCAUAUUCCACAAUAAAACGUAUGUAAUUAUUACGAUAUGUAAAUUAAACAGUGGCUCAAGCUCACACAACUGUUCACACUGGCAGUGAACGGAUACGAUUUUUAAUCACAGUUGCAAUUUACGUUGAGGGUGAAUUAGUUUUUGGUAAAAUGGGUGGAGCUCCAAACAGCCAGUCACAAACUUGACUCAGUGACAUCAGUGUUAUCCUUUGUCUUCACUUUGAAUAAUUCAUAUUUAGUUACAUUAACUAAACUGUAGCUAGCAUAACAUUAUCCAACCAAGUCUGCUAGCAAACUAGUUAAUGCUCGGCUAAAACAAGGGAGGAGAUUAGGUUAAUUAUCCAAUCACAGUCAGCUUUGUCAUUUCUCUUCGUUUCUUUAUUUGAGCAACAUUAACUCCAAAUAAACUAGCCCAGCUAGCUUAGCUUAGCUAACAUAACAUUACCAAUAGUUAUGUAAUGGCACCUAGCCAGGCACAUUUGCUAGCAAGCUAGUUAAUGCUAUGAUAACUGUAAUAAUGUGAAGAGUCAGUAAGCUAAAAACUAUCCUGGGUUGAAGAUGUACAAAGAACAGCUAGUCAUUAUUUUAGCAAAAUGCAACACUGUGUAAAUGCUAGCUUGGCUGAUAUUGCGUAUCUAGCUAACAACACGUGAGCAUCAGAUUGAUUCUGCAAAAGAAAUAAGUUUGCUAUCAAAGUGCAUAGAAUUUUAGAAUUUUUUAAAAAAUUAACUAAUGAAAUGAUAUCUAAGCUCUGCCCAUGUCAGCGUAAAGAUGCCAUCGUUUGGUGAAAUCAGAAAGCAAAAGAAAAGAAAAUGGCUGCCAGUGUGAGCGUAAGAUAAAAUGUUAAUCCAUGAACGGUUAGAAUUAUCUCUCAGGAUCGCUGUGGCCUGAUCACACAGGGCACGUGUUUAGUCUUAAAAACUCAAGUCUUAAUUCUUUCUUUGGUCAGUUUUUGAAAAGUUGAGCGACCGUGUUUAAUAACGGCGUCGACAUGUCGAGGUACGAAACAAACAAGAGUGAAAUGUAAUUUACGCUGAAAAUGAUGUGAAAUGGUUUGAUACAGUAGAGUGAACAGUGUGCAACCCCUUUUUACUCUGCAGUUAAAAAAAAACAAGCUCGUAGCCAUGCCACUUCUCACUUGUAUUAUUUCACUCUCAUGCUGAUGGGAGGAAGGAGACAGUGAGGCAGCGAGACAGCAAAGGCUCGCGAGCGUCAUUAAAUUCGUGGCGCAGCACGCCGGAGGCUGGAGUGCCGUUUCUGCGCUGAUCUGUCUAAUAACUCACUUGUCACUUCGUUACAUUUAGAGACGGUGAACGCUGCUGACAUGCUCAUGUCACACACACAUCCAACCCCUCCCCCUUCCUCUCUGUCUGUGUUUUGGGUUCCGCAGGGACGCGGGUUAAUAACGCACGCUUAAGUUCCCCGUCACCCCGAAUAACAGGAGGUGUAAUUGCCUGUUUAUCCCAUGUGAGGAGAAAAAUUGAGCAUCGAAAGCCAGGGUCGCAUUUUCUCUCACUGCUGACAGCUCUCUCUCUCUCUCUCUCUCUCUCUCUCUCACACACACACACACACACACACACACACACACACACACACAUGCAUGCGCAGCACUAGCAGUCCGGUGAGAUGACAGCAGCAGGAGGACUUGUUAACCUCUGGUGAUGGACGAGGCAGAAAGAAAGGCAGUCUUCCUUCUUUUUUCUUUCUUCUUCCUUUGUCUCUUUUUUAUUUUAAAUUUCCUUCUUCUUUAACACACAGUUUAUUUCUAAAUUUCAUUACUUUUUGCCCUUCUUUCAUUCUUUUUCUUCUUUUAUUGCUUUCUUUUCUUCUGUUUGGUUAAUAAUUUUUUCUUCCCUUCUUCCUGUUUCCAUCUUUUUUGUUUAUUUCUUUCCUUCUUACCUUUCCUGCCUUAUAUCUUUCUAAGUGUCUUUUUAUUUCAUUUCAUGAUUUUCCUUUAUCUAUUUGCUUUUUCUUUGUACUUCAUUUUCUUCCUUUUUUCUCUUUCUUUCAUUCUUCCUUUUUCUUUAUUUUUGUUUCCUUCUGUUUUUCCCUUUUCUUUCUUUCUUUGUGCUGAAGGAGAUGGGCCUAGUCGUGUGUUAGUGAGACCGAGAGACAGGAAGAGGGAAAACCUUGUUAAAAUCCAGAAUGAAUGCUGAUUUUAUUCUCCUGGUUCUGUUCAGGUUUAGCCAAAAAAAAAACAUUUUAGACGUUAGAACACAGUGAAGAAUGAAAUGCAACAACUCUGAAACAUGAUCUUGUGAGAGGAACUGUCUACACACACACACACACACACACACACACACACACGAGUUAGCACGCUUUGGCUAAGCCGGCAGUUCUGAUACUAAAUGAGCUGAGGAGUUGGUGCUGACACAGAGAAAGAGGAAAAGGGGAACAGACUCAGCAUGAGAGAGAGAGAGAGAGAGAGAGAGAGAGAACACUACACUACAUACUACAAAAAUAUCACCUCAUGGUUCAUCUGAUAUUUUUUAUUUUAUAUGUUAAAAUUUUGCUCUGAUUUUUUUUCAACAAUUAUAUACAUUCUGUAAAAAAUACUAAUAACAAAAUCUAACCUGUCAGAAUGUAUAAUUGUGAGAAAAACACAGACAAUUACUGCAAUAUCUCAGAAAAGGUUACUGAUGAAACUGAUCACAAAACUGAUGUGAUAUCAUAUAAUUAAAUCAUCAUCACAGCUCCAAUCACAAUCCUCCCCUCUCUUAGAAUUUCAGGAUCUUAAGCAAAAGAUAUAAUAUAAUAUAAUAUAAUAUAAUAUAAUAUAAUAUAAUAUAAUAUAAUAUAAUAUAAUAUAAUAUCAUUAAAGAAGCAGUUGAGCCACAAAUGAAGUCGGUGUUUCCUUGAAGUGAAAUGUAGUUGAUCAGCUUGCACACAAAAACAUUGUUAAAGUGAAAGUUUUUAUGAGGUAUUUAUUUUUCAGAAACUGUGGAGAGUUGGCUGUUGCGCUCGUGUCGGACUAAAACUAAACAUACGAUGUCUUUUUAUAGCCCUGAAUGGACCGUAAGGCAGACAUCGACUCAGGCUUCAGACGACAUCUUUAAACUCUGUAACUUUGGUUAUUUUUAAAUAAAUAUUGUAUAAGACAGCAGUGAUGAUGUAUAAUAUAUUCACACAUUUACCUUUAAUGUCAUCACUUCCAGCUUAUUUGGUACAGUUCCACAGUAAACUUUGGAAGGUGUGUCCUAAGGGGGCAGGACAUAGAGGGCGGAGAAACUAUGGCCAUUAAAAAAAAAAGUAAAGAUGGCGGAAUUCAUAAAUAAUGUUUUAUUUGAAGUUUUGUUCACGUUGUCGCUGAUCAAGUCGAUUUUGUGGUAAAAGGGGAAACGUUGUAGAUGUUACUUCUCUGGCAGGACUGCACCGUUAACUGUGUUUACGCUCAUGUAAACAUAAAUGUGUCAUUUAAUCAGGAGUUCAAUUAAAUUAGAAUCACAGGACACCGCAUCCAGUUCCUUUUUAAUCACAUGUAUGUAGAGAGACCUUUUUCCAUUUGCUAGUAAAAAAAAAAAAAAAGGCUGUUUUAUUUCCCCCCUUUAAAGAUACAAAGCGGGCGUGGCACCUCACCCAGCCUCGGUGAUGUUUUAAUAUUUCAUCAAUGCUUUGAUUUGACAUUCUGAGACAAACGGAGCACUUAGAAAACUGCAGAUGUUGAAACUGUGGGUCAAAUAAUAAAUUAAUAAUUAAUAAAAAUUUAAAAAUCACAGAUGAUAUAAAUAUAAUCCAACACAGCAUUUCUUCCUUAUGUAAGAUAAAUUAUAUUAAUAAUAAUGAUGAAAGGUAUUUGAGCGUGUUAUGUAAAGUGAAAAUGAAAAAAUAACAAGAAAUUAAAAACCAUAAUUCAGUAUUGAAUAUUUACUCAUUUUUGUCCACAGAAAACCCGUAAGCUUGAACACUUUUUUGUGUGAAUACUUUCCUUUUUUUUAACCUGCUGGCUUUGGGCCGUGCUGUUCGCUGUGUUUCGUCCUGUUCGUUUCGUGUUUAUUCGCUUGGAUUUUUGCGCCGACCUUCAUGAAUAGUGCAUGGGCCCUGAACAGCAUUUUUCCAUUAGGCACACUCAAGGAAGAAAAAGAAUUAAUGAAUAAAAAAAAUAAAAGUCCUGUUUGGUUUCUUUGUUUGAACUGAUUUGCUUCUGCGUGUAUCUUCUGUAUCAUAGCUGACUGUCGAUGGUUUUUGCAUUAAAUGCAUAAAGGGUUUCGGGAUGUAAAUGGAAUUUUAUUCAUAUUUUGUCCAAAUACCUCUCUUGUAAUUUGUAUCAGAAUUCUUGUACAAUUUUUAUAUUAAAGAUUUAUCAGUCACUGGCACGCCGAG